UGGAAGGAAGGUCAGUGACAAUCCGAAUGACAUCUCGCUCAAUUCUCGCAUUUGGAAACGAGAAGUUGCGAGACUUCACUCCUGGCGCAAACUUCAAACUUUCUUCUCGAUCGUUACUUGUUGACAUAUUUUUGAAAUAAUUUAUCAAUAAGUGUCUGCUUAAAACAUGGCCAACGUAUUUGCCACCCCCCAUGUCGGCUCACCGGGGACUACAUCUAGAAGACUCAGUCUUGGUACUCCUGCCUUGCUGACUAACAAAGAUGAUGCAGAAGAGCUUCGAGAACGGCGCAAGUCAAAGUUGAUGGAGAUACAGAACAAACACUUGUCCAGCCCGUUAACACCGAAUAAAUCAAGUCCAAAAAAUACCAGCAGCAGCAAUCCCUUGAAAGGUCUCAGUGUGUCUCAGCUAACUGAACAUUAUACUAAUUGUGUGAAGCUGAAUGCUGAAAAUAAAAUCACCACAAAGAAUGCAUUUGGUCUUCAUCUCAUUGACUAUAUGACUGAUCUUCUCAAAGGAAAAAAACUGGGAGAUUUUCAGGUUGCCGGUACCACACUAGAUGCCAGUGCCAAAAUCUAUGCUAGUCGGGUUGAUGCUAUACACUCUGAGACAUACAAAGUCCUCAGUACUUUAAGUUGUGGCAAUAAGAAGAAAAAAAAAGGUGAUGGAGAUGAGAAUGGUGAAAGUGAUGAUAACAAUGGUGAUGAUGAUGAUGAUGAUGAUGAUGAUGCUGGUAGUGGAAGUUUAGAUGUUGUAAAAAAAAAGAAGAAAAAGAAACGGAACACAUUUAUUGAAACCAAUUUGCAGAAUAUUAAUGUGGAAAAGCUUGAGAUUGACUUUGAGAUGGACCCUCUGUUCAAGUCCUUAACUUCAUCUUUUGCUGAAGGCAACUCAAAUCUGUUACUUAGUGCUAUCAGUUGUUACACUGAUUGCUGUGACAUUGUGCUCGAUUCUUCUUCUGUCAUCAAAGACAUUGAGGAUAAAAAAGUGCACAGCUCGUACAGAGAUUCAAUUGAUGUCGAAGAUAUUAAGAAUCACGUGGGUAAAAGUAAAUUCUUAGAGGCUCAGAUAUGCCCAACAUUCUCUACUUUUGAAUUCAAUGACUGGAAUGAACAAGCUGAGGCUAUGAGAAUGAAUGAUGAAGCUGACCCUGAGUAUGCUUUUGAUGCCGAUGCUGAACUUGAAAAUAUUCCUGAUGGCUAUGAUGAUGGAGAUGAUUAUGCUGGUGAAGACAACGAUCCAACUGCUUUUAGUAAUGACCUUGAUGAGGACAUUGUCGGUACAGUCAGUAACAAACAUGUUGGUGGUGGUGAGAAUAUCCUGUCUCCAAGAGAAUCAUCUCUACUACAAAAGACAUCUACAAACACUACAACUUCUCUGGUAGAUUUUCUGGCUGCUGCCCCUUCAGAAUAUUCCUUCUUCAAUGUGAAGCUACUACAAACCUGGAAAGGACCGACUCAUUGGAAAAUUCAUCCCUUAGCCCGGUUAAGCAACAAAAGUUCUUCAAAUAAACUAGCGACCAAAAAAGAAAAAGUUUUGUUGAAUUUUUCUGACAAGAGAGACUUUACUGAAGAGUUCCGGAAAGGUCGGAGUUGUGUUCUUACGAAAAAGAAGCUUGAAUCUUUCAUAAAAGAAAACACAACAUUACCCAAAAUUCUUGAUUAUGAAGUAUCAUCUUUGUUCUCUUCAUUUCUUAAACCCAACCUUCUUGUAAGGCGACAGGUGUGCAGUUCUGUGAACGCUGAUGACCUUGUGGGUGACUACGAUUACAACAACUGCAAUGAUAAAGAGAAUUACUGUCCUGCUUAUGACCAGGCAGGGGAUGAUGAUAACUGUGACGAUACUUCAGAAGAUUUGUUUGGGUUUAGCUGUGUCACAAGCAACAGCAGCCAGCGCUCUGACGGCAACUUAACAAACAUCGGAGGGGACUUAUCAAAACUGUCGACCCUUGAUGAAGAUGGUUUAAUUGCUCAACCGCACAAGGUGGCCAAAAUCAACAUCAAUUACGCAAAAACAGCGAAGAAGAUAGAUGUCCGUUGCCUUAAGGAAUCCAUGUGGAAGCUACUGUCAUCAACUUCAGAAAACAAAGAAAAUGUUGACCAGAAUUCAGCAUCUCACAGAAUCGCCUUGGAAACUGCAGACAGAAUAGAUCAUACCCAAUACUUCAGUGAAGUAAUGAGAAAGCUGCCAGUCUCCGUUCCAAGUUUUAUGGCCAACAACAUCAGCAUCCCGAUUGCUUUUGUCUGUUUGCUUCAUUUGGCCAAUGAAAAAGGACUCAAGUUGCAAACGCCUGACAUGAAGGAGAUAGAAAUUUGCCAACCUAUUACAACUGCAUAAACUGUCCCCUUUGCAUCAACACUUAUUAUCAUUAUUUUAUUUCCAUUUGUACAUUUCCAACUUACACAAUCAAGGUUUCAGUCAAGUCAUCCCCCUAAUUUCAAAUGAAUUUUUAUUGAUGGAUUCUAGAUUUGAACCCUUGAUUAAUCAUUAAUAAAGUGAAUUUUUUUUUAUUGCUUUCAUCUACUUUUA